GGGGGGGGUCACCGGAGAACCAAGUUGAAUGGAUCCGAGGGUAGCUUGGAUUCAGCCCGAGCAGAAAGGACCGGCGAACGCCUUAUGGAUGCACGUCUGGGAAACGUCUCAGGGAGUACGCACGUUCUCCGCUCAGCACGUCCACAACCAGUGUGUCAAUUACGCUGCGCUGGACGUGUUGCAAAAUGCCGUGGUAUCGAGCAAGAGCUUGGGCAGCAGCAGCGGCCAUCACAGCAUCAGGAACGGCGGCUCGGCUUGUGUCAACGACGCCGCGAUAUCCUCCCUGGGCAUGGCGAUAUCCAACUUUUUCACCCCGGCCUCCGACGCGGGUGAAGGCAAAGCAGUGUCCCCCAAGACUGGGUCUUCCUCGCUGGAAUCGCGUGCGGCGGACAGUCCCCCCUCCGGCUGCACGCUGGAGAGAACCACGGCUGGGAAUAAAAACGUCGGCCUGCUUUUCGCGCUGGGUGACAGCACGGACAACAACCGGUACCACCACCACCACCACCAACUCCUCCAUCACAACCGUCACAUGUUCAAUUUGUGCGCUCAGAGUCACCAGGUGGCCCCUUCCUUACCUGUGAAUCACUCUCACCCUCACCUCCACCACCAUCAUCAUCGUCAUCACCACCACCACCCUGGCCGCAGGAAAAGUGACAAUAAGGCCAGCACUUACGGGGUCAAUUACUUGCUUUCAAAUUGCACUAAUGGCAACGACGCGAGCUCUUGGACGCCCUGGAAAACGAGAAAGUACAACCCGGGAGUUCUCGGACUCCACGAGGAGGUGAUGGACUUUUACAACUUCAUGUCUCCGCGGCCCGAGGAAGCGGCGAUGAGGAAGGAGGUGGUGAAACGCAUCGAGAAGAUCAUCAAGGAGCUGUGGCCCACUGCAGAUGUCCAAAUAUUUGGAAGCUUCAGCACCGGACUGUACCUUCCAACAAGUGACAUUGACUUGGUGGUGUUUGGAAAGUGGGAGCGCCCCCCCCUGCAAGAGUUGGAGCAGGCUCUCCGCAAGCACAACGUCGCUGAGCCCUUCUCCAUCAAAGUGCUGGACAAAGCGACUGUGCCAAUCAUCAAGCUUACCGACCAGGAGACCGAGGUGAAAGUGGACAUCAGCUUCAACGUGGAGACCGGCGUCAAGGCGGCGAGCUUCAUUAAAGAUUAUGUUCAGAAGUAUCCGGUGCUGCCUUACCUGAUCUUUGUGCUGAAGCAGUUCUUGCUGCAAAGAGAUCUGAAUGAAGUCUUCACGGGCGGAAUUAGUUCCUACUGCCUCAUCCUGAUGGUCAUCAGCUUCUUGCAGCUUCAUCCUCGCAUCGACGCCAGGAACCCCAGCGAGAACUUGGGUGUCCUGCUGAUUGAGUUUUUCGAAUUGUACGGCCGCCAUUUUAACUACUUGAAAACGGGGAUUCGCAUUAAAAACGGAGGAGCUUACAUUGCCAAAGACAACAUGGCCGUGACCAACGGUUACAGGCCGUCCAUGCUUUGCAUCGAAGAUCCCUUGCUUCCAGGCAACGACGUGGGCCGGGGCUCGUACGGCGCCAUGCACGUCAGGCAGGUGUUUGAUUACGCCUACACGGUCCUCAGCCACGCCGUGUCUCCACUCGCCCGAUCGUAUCCCAACAAAGACUCGGAAAGCACCUUAGGAAGAAUCAUCAGGUUGACCCAGGAAGUGAUUGACUACAGGGAGUGGAUCAUCAAAAAGUGGGGCGGCAGGGAUCUGGCUCGAGCCGAUAACAGAGUGCCCAAGGAGCCGGUGUCCGAGCAGGACCCCAGCUGCCGGCUCGACCGCGGCGGCCCAGAGGAGCAGCAGAGGGACUCGGCGUCCCCCCAGAGCGCAGACUCGCCAAUGUCCAUCUCCAGUCCCCAGCAGCACUCAUCCGCCUCCUCCGUCUCUUCGCUCUCCGGGUCAGACAAUGACUCCGAUUCGGCGCCACCCUGUCCAGUCCCUCCGCCCCCUCUGCCACCGUACGCGUCAUUCCCGCCCCUGGGUCUAGCGUUCCCGGCGGCGUUCGGAAUGGGCGGCGCCAAAGCGGGAAUAGCGGGACCCCAUCUGCUCUUGCCGCCUCGCUCGCAGGCUCGCGCCUCGCUCCCCAGGGGUCUCGCAAUGCACUCCAUAGCCGGCAGACAGGUGUGUAUCGACACGGGACUCCCCGCCUUCUUCCACUUGCCCCCCCCAGCCCAUGCCCCCGCCCCUUCCAGUCCCCAGCCUCCGCCCAGCACCCACUCCAGCCACGUACAUAAGAAUGCUGUCAAGUUCAACGUCAAGGGCUUGCACAACCCGCCGCUCAUCACCAACCCGGCGGCGGCCACCCGCGGACACCCUCACACGCACGCACAGUACCACCGGAACACUUGGCGGCGCAGGAAGAGGGACAGCCUACCGGUUAGCCCUAGCAGAUAGAGACUGGUCACCCCUCCCUCGCUCCCCCACUCCCCUCACGGAGACCAGCAGUUUUCACUUGAGCGGAGCGGCCGCGACGUGAAGCAGCCUGCAGCUCUGCUUCCGCUUCAGCGUGACCUUUUGUUCACCGCCUUGUAGCGUUUCAGUAUUAUGUUGCGGUCAGUAUUUCCGCCUCCAGAGCUCGUCUCGAUUUGUUUUUCAAGCGCCGCCGACGGGAGCCUCGCAAAGCUCCUUCCAGGCUCAGUGUUCUUUUUUUUUUUUUUUUUUCCCGUUUUGUGCAAUAUUUUUUUUUCUUUUCAGAACCGAAAUGCUUAUUUAAUUUGGUGUGUAUAUGGCAAAGGCAUUUUUAUACAGUUUAUUUUAUUUUUGUAGAGUUGUUACAUUCUGUUUACAGAACCUUUCGGGUGAGAAGGAGCCCAGGUCAAAGACCCCCUCCUCUUCUUUUACGGAGGAGCUCUUAUCUCAGUAAGCCUCACUUUUUUCCCCCCUCCUAGACGAGGCGAGCCAGUCGAUCCCCCGAGGAAGUUCAGUCGAGUGUUGAGAAAAUAGCACCCUGCGAUCGUAUAUGGAUAAGAGGAUGUAAUUGUGUUUUGGCUUUUGCAACCUCAAAAUUGUCUAUCGUUUUAUCGUGGACUUUUCUGCUGCCAUAUUUCUUCCGUCACUGCCUUUCCUGCUUCUUUACUUUAAAAUUCCCAAAAAAAAAAAAAAAAAAAGACCGGCUGUGUGAAGCCGUAAAUCAGUGCCCGGGCUAGCACUAGAAAGUGCUUGGCCGUAAGGCGCUUCCCAAAAAAAAAAAAAAAAAAAAAA